UAUAUGUAUUAACUCUUGCGAAUCAUAUAAAAGUCUCUGAAACAAACGUUCUAUGUUCAGUAAUCUUUUGGUUUUCAUUCUCAAACAAGGCACAUCUCACAAAAAACUACUUUUAUAAAAAUGAAAGCAUUUUUUGCAAUUUUCACUCUUUUCUUCGUCGGUGCCUUGGCCGGUCUCACUGACGAACAAAAAGCAAAGCUUGCUGCAUAUAAGGCAGAAUGUAUUAAAGAAUCUGGAGUUGAUCCCGCUGUGGUGCAAAAUGCCAAAGAAGGAAAAGCUGACGAGUCUGAUACUAAAUUGGCCUGUUUCUCAUCUUGUCUGUUGAAAAAAAUUGGAAUUAUGAAUGCCGAUGGAACAAUUAAUGAGGAAGUUGCUCGUUCUAAAGUCCCAGACUCAGUUCCUAAGGAUAAGGCAGAAGAAAUCAUUAACGAAUGCAAAACAAUGAAAGGAGCAAAUGAUUGCGAAACUGGAUUGAAAGUAAUGAAAUGCUAUAUGGAAAAGAAAACUUUCUCUAUUCUUUAAUUAAAAAAUAUUUAUAAUUUUUUUGAAUAGAAAUUGUUAUACAACUCUAAAUUAUAGAUUAUUUCCUCAAAAUUUAUGUAAAAUGUUAUAAACAAAAUAAAUUGAAUUAUUUUAUCAAA